AAGCUAGAGACAGGAUCUCCUGUUGAAUCCUUUGAAGUGAUUCUUAACGAUACCGAGAGAGGGAUCAAAACAACAAUAUUUCUCCUUGACCAAGAGCUCUUUUAUACAACCCUCAGGCAUAUUCUAAAAAACUGACAAUUUGUUAUGUCUAUCCUGUUAAGUUUAAAGUUUAAGGUUUCUUCUAGAUUCUCUAUUGCUCCCUGGACAUCGUAUUCUUACUAUGUGUCAUAGGCGGAUUAUCGAAAUUGGAUGGAGUGGUUCAAGGGCGAAGUCUCGGACGCAAUUAAAUCCGUGAAAGAAGAGUCUAAAUUGCUACUAGUUUUUAUUAAAGGGACUGACGAGGACUCUAGCUUUGUCUCCACCCAGUUCGACGACCAGGUUGGGGAAGUUUGUUGUAAUGUUGUGUGCCUUCAAUUAGAAGCUUCUUCUCAUGCUGCUGUUCAGUUUUCAGCAGUUUAUGCAGUCCUUACUGUUCCUUGUAUUUACCUGAUUGGUUCCACUGGGCAAGUAAUAGAUAUAAAGCUGGGUCGUAUUGAGAGUAAAAGUUUAGUGGACUGGAUAAAGAAGUCAGGAUUUGGACCAGUUAAUAACGUGGACUCAACUACUGCAAGCAUUAUAUCCGAGAAUGAGCUGCAUGAUGACACCGAACAGGCUUUCAGAUCAGAUAUGAUAGAGCCAUCAGUGUCAUCUAUGUCGGAGACUCAAAUUAGAAGUUGUGAACAACCUUUGCAAGAACGAGUAGAACGCGCUUAUCAACAAAUUCAGACUCAAAUACAACGCAAAGAAGAGGAAACUAGUAAAAAGUCUGUUGAAGCCGAGAUUAAACGCCGAGAAGUAGGGAAAGCCAUGAAUGAAUUUAAGGAACGUCAAAAGCAAAAGGAAAUUGAUGAAAUUCUAGCUGAACGUCGUAAAGACGAGGCGGAAUCACGCAGACGACUGGAACAGUUGCGUCAACAGAUCGAAGAGGAUCGUAAAGCAAGGGAAGAAAGAUGGUCACGAAUGUAUGGUUCGCAAUCUAAAACAUCUAGUAAUUCAGUUCAUCCUCCACAAGAAUUUCUUAAAAGUUCAUCUUACUCAGAUGAGGUUCGGUUACAGUUAAAAUCAUUAGAAGGUGGUCGUGUAAUUCAUCGAUUCCCCUCUACGGCGACUAUUUACGAUGUACGAAAUUGGCUUCAAGAGUUGGUGUCCUGUGAUUUCCAGAUGGUGGAUAACUCUCAAGUUUUAAGUGAAACUGACCGUAAUAACUUUAAAAAUUUAGUCUUGCAAGGAUUUCGGUUUCUGCAGUUAUGUCCUAAAAGGAUCUUAGGACCAGAAGACGAAUCUCAGUCAUUAAAAGAACUUGGUUAUUAUCCAUCAGCUGCAUUGUUUCUUGUAUUAAACAAAUCUAAUCAAGCUAUCACGCGUUCAAAUGAUGGAAUCGUGUCCCAGUUUUACAAUAUUAUCAGUUCAGGCUUCAGCACUACUUAUGGUUUAAUUGGUUGGGCAGUAGGUGGAUUAUAUUCGUUGGGACAGAGUCUUGUAUCCAGUCUGACAGGUUCUCGCACUCAGCAAUCUAAUAGUAAUCCUCCUGGAAAUACUGUACCUCCAAAUGAUACAAAACAAAAUCGUUCUGUAAGACGUCAAGGUAAUGUUGCUCGUCUUUCGCACAUGCCUGAUAGCUCGGAUGAUGAACAAGCCCGAUGGAAUGGAAAUUCCACAGAACAACUGUGAUACAUACUACUGUUAAGCUGCUAUUAAAUGUCUUGUCUUUCCUUACUUUGAAUUGUAUAUUCAGUUAACACACUCCUAUUGUAACUGCAAAAAGCAUAGAAUAAAUAAUAUCAUUCUAGAUGAACGAAAUAUGAAAGACAGUUUUAAAUUAACUCAUUCACAAAUGUUUUCUAUCUUAUUACAUACCCUUAUAUAUUUGAUAUGGUUUCUUGAAAAAAAUGGAAGCGCUAUAUCGUGUUAUUUAAUUUAUAAAAUUCAGUAAUUGAUUUUUAUCAAGGCGCACAGAAAAUGUAUAUGACCUUGUUUAGUUUUGUUAGUUGAAAGUGUUUUUAUUUACUAAACAUUUUCGUACUUCAAAAAUAAUCUCAUAAAUACACCUAAUAACAGGAAAAACUUGUUGGAUACAUGUUUUACUUCAUACUAGGCAUAUAAUUAUCUUUGUUAGAUAUACUCACGAUAUUGAGCUACAGUCGAUUUUUUUUUACUUUCAUUUGUAUCUUCAAUCUAACCUUGUUACUCG